AUGAGCGCAACACGACGACAAAAGGCCUCCCUCGCCGAGGAGAGCGAAGAUUCAGGCAAUAGCUCCGUGUCACCUUCAGAGGGCGCAUCCACACGGGAAGAAACCAAGGAACGCAAGGAAAAUAUCUUCCUCUUCACUCCGAAUCUUAUCGGAUAUUCCCGGGUUUUUUUGACCUUCGCCUCGCUAUACUACAUGCCCCUCCACCCCCGGACCUGCUCCUUCCUCUACACGGUGUCCUGUCUGCUGGACGGCCUGGACGGUUAUGCAGCACGAUACUUCAACCAAUCCACCACUUUCGGUGCGGUGCUGGACAUGGUGACCGACCGCUGCACUACCGCGUGUCUCCUAGUCUUCCUGAGCUCCGCCUGGCCCCGAUGGGCCAUCGUUUUCCAGGGUCUCAUCAGUCUGGACAUGGCCAGUCACUACAUGCACAUGUACGCUACUCUCAGCAUGGGCGGAGCCAGCCAAAGCCACAAGAAGGUCGAUCCUAGUCGUAGCUGGAUUAUGUACCAGUACUACACCAGCAAGCUCGUUCUGUUCAUCUGCUGUACCGCCAACGAAGCCUUCUUCAUCGGCCUGUACCUCCUAUCUUUCUCCUCGCCAACCCUGUCCCCUUCGCUCCUGCAGCCCAUCUCCGAUUCCCAGCUGUCCUCCGCCCAGCCUGGAAGCCCCGCCCACCCCGAACCAGCUAGCCUCUUCGCUAGCCCCUGGAGCGCCGGUGCCCUCGAGAUGGCGCGUGCGAACAAGCUCGAGAGCACCUGGCCGUGGAUCAUCACCGGCAUCUCGUUCCCCAUCAUGGCGUUCAAGCAGUUCGUCAACGUCGUCCAGAUGGUGAACGCUAGCAAGUGGCUCGCUGAGGGCGAUCUCGCUGCCCGCCGAGCUAACCGCAAGAAGUAA